GCCACUCCAUCACACUAAUGGCCUCAGACUGUCUCCUCCCUGGCCAGCCCGUCCCCCUUCCAAAGGGCCCUGCUCCCCUCUUGGGCAGCGGAAUAUACUCCAAAGAUGGGCUUGCGAGAGCGUCGGUCGUCGGCGUGCCACACUACGAUGCAUCUACAUUGACAAUUUCGCGUGUGCGCCCACACCCACCCACACCGAGCUCGUUAGUUCUUGGUUCCGUGACGAGACUCUCGCCACAGCAAGCUAUGGUCUCUAUCACCGUCGUUGAUGGCGUUCCAUUACCUGCCGGCGAAGAGUUUACUGGUGUGAUCAGGACGCAGGACGUCCGUGCGACCGAGAAGGACAAGGUCAAGAUCGGUGAUUGUUUUCGCGGUGGAGAUGUCGUUAAGGGUUUGGUCAUCUCUCUUGGUGAUGCUCGUAGUUACUAUAUCACUACAGCUCGCAAUGAUCUCGGUGUCAUUUUUGCCACGAGCGAGGCAGGUGGCACGAUGGAACCUGUGUCAUGGCAGGAAAUGCGCUGUCCGAAAACAGGUAAACUCGAGAAACGAAAAUGCGCAAAGCCAGAAGGCUUGUAAUCAUAAUGUGCUACUACACUUGUAAGUUCAGAAGCAAUAUGUAUAUCCUACACACAGGAGCACUGCACGCUGUCUGCUUCUGCGGUGUUCAUAGUUCAAUGCUCACUUCAUCGUCGUCUUUCGUUCCCCGCUCUCGCUCAAGUCUCUGAACCAUGUCACGAAAAGCCCUGGGAUUGUUCAAUGCUUUGACAGGAGGCGGCCAUUGUCUGUGCCAUUUCGGAUUGAUCCAUUCAUAUGUCGUCUUUCCAUGCGGCCGGGCCACGAUCUUCAGAUCCUCCUCCCUCCAAUGCUCCUCAUAAUGAGACCUCACAACUUCCAUAAACACCUUCUGAAAAACACUCUUCCCCGGCCACUUAUACACCUGCUGUCUCAGCACGUUCACUAAGCCCUUCACGUCCUCACUACUCAAACUCUGAACCUCAUCGUCCUUGAGGUCCGUCAUGUCGAGCACGUAGUCACAGCCUUUGAUCUCGCAGUGCCAGGUAGAGUCGGCGCGGAGAAGGGGAGGAAGGAAGGUGUGGCUGAGUUUGUUGUUCACCAGAGAUAUGAUUUCGGGGUCGAUGGGGUGGGGUGAGGGGGAGCGGCUGGACGCACGAGAGUCGGGGGCAUUGGAGGAUGAGGAUGAGAAGUCAGAGUUGUAGAUCGGAGCGGGGGCAUCGUCGACGUCGACAUCCAUUGGGAUGUCUACCGGCUUGGGUGCAUUCCGCGGCUUUUUGUAAGUGUGAAUUUUAGGUGCAGCGUUAUCGCGAGAAGGACCUGGUUUGGCAUUUCUUCGGGUCCAAGCAACUGAUCGGUCACUGUCCGUCGAAUUCGCGCUUUCCCUUCUUCUUCUUCUUCUGCUCGGGACUAUUAUAUCUAUCUCUUCAUCCUCUUCGUCCUCCACCUCCACCUCCACCUCCAUAGCCGUCGCCGGCGCCUCAUUCUCACUCACUGCUCCCUCUUGCAUGUUGUCAUCGUCAUCUCCCCCACUGUCCGAAUCACUACUCCCAUCAUAUUCAUCCCUCACACCCCACUUAACCCUCGGCCUCCUCGCCCUCGCCACUCUCCUCCCUUUCAGAACCACCUCAUUCCUCCACUUCUGCCAAAUGUCCACAUCCAAGAUCCUCUUAUGUUUCUGCCUCUUCAUCUGCUCCAUAAUGAUCCACUCACAAUGCGACGCAAAGACUGAAAGAAUCUCCGCCCUGUGCGGUUUCCUAACCCGCCUCGGAACCCUCGUCUGUCUCCCCGCCCUCCUCGCCCGAUCUUCCGGGUCUUUCGCCUCAUCUGGCACCCUAUAACAUUCCUUCGUCUUAUACUCCUCCGGAUCGAUAUCGGCGAUGUCGGAGCCCGAGUCGGAGUCCACCGCGUCCUCGAGGUAGUACGUUCUGCGCCAACGGCUAGUAGGGGGCGCGUAACUCUGCCAGUGGAGGUAUCUGGAGGCGAACCAGUCGGGAGUGCGUUUGUUACGUGGGGUACGGCUUUGGUCGCGGUUGUGGAGUUCUUCGAGGGUGUGGAGGGUGUGGUAGCGGUAGAGGAAGGUUCGGGAGAGUUCGUAGGUUUCGGUAUCGAGGCUUAGGAUUUCGUAGAUUCGGUUUCGGUCUUUGGUGGUCAGCUUGAGACCCUUCUUCACGAGUUCGUCCCCGUCACCUGCCAUGUAUAUCGCCGGCAUGCUCUUCUCGCCUUGAAUUAAGAUCUUGACCGCGAGCUCGUCUUUGGCCUUACCGGACUCGUUGAAGUACGCUUUGAUGCCCCAUGGGUCACCAUACGGGUGUUUCUCGUGAUACCGCCUGGCAAGCUCUGUACCGACGGCUACUUUACCCCUGUCCGUGAGCUGCUUCAACGACUGGACGGUCAGGACGCCACGGAAGUAAAUGGUGGCCUUGGCGGGAAUGCGCCGGUGCUUCCGCUGGGUGUGUUUGGGGAGGGACGGGAGGUUCUCUCGUCCUUCAAUCUGGUCAAGACCUGCAGGAUGGCCAUUGUACUGGAACAUGACAUCCUCGAGCGUGAGGACAUUGGUGGGGGUGCUCUUGCACUCUGGGGCGAGGACGUCCUCGUCGAGAUAGGGACCAAAAGGGGCCUUAAUGAGCUCCCUCUGCCUGUUCAAAGCGCUGGUAGCCGAGCGCGGCAUGGAGGAGUACGCUUUGCGGCGGACAAAGGGACGGAACGCGGUGAACGGUGUGGGGAAGAAGGAUGAACAAAAGGGCGUGUCC